AUGGUGGGUGGUCCCUUUGCCUCUGCCACUCCUUUCGCGAACACUCGUCGAUCCGAUGCUGCUAAUCUCCAAAAGUACAUGGGCCUCGACCAGCGUGGAAAGGUCCUCGCUGAAUACGUCUGGGUAGAUGCUCACGGUGGUGUUCGUUCAAAAACAAAGACUCUCAGCCGUCCCGUCACUUCGCCUGACGAGCUCCCAGAGUGGAACUUCGACGGUUCGUCGACAGGCCAGGCUCCCGGCCAUGAUUCGGACGUCUACCUUCGCCCCUGCGCCAUCUUCCCGGAUCCCUUCCGAGGUGGUGACAACAUCCUCGUCCUCUGUGAGACCUGGGACGCCGAUGGCUCGCCCAACAAGUACAACUACCGUCACGAGGCCGCCCGUCUCAUGAGAACACAUGAGAAGGAACAGUUCUGGUUCGGCCUAGAACAGGAAUACACUCUCUUGGACGCGGAUGGCUGGCCCUUCGGAUGGCCCAAGGGUGGUUACCCCGGUGCCCAGGGCCCAUACUACUGUGGUGUCGGUACCGGCAAGGCGCAGUGCCGUGACAUCGUUGAUGCCCACUACAAGGCCUGUCUCUACGCCGGCAUCAACAUCUCCGGUAUCAACGCUGAGGUCAUGCCGUCCCAGUGGGAGUACCAGGUCGGACCGUGCGAGGGUAUCGUCCUCGGUGACCAGCUCUGGAUGUCCCGCUUCCUCCUCAACCGUGUCGCCGAAGACUUCGGUGUCGUCAUCAGCUUCGCUCCCAAGCCCAUCCCGGGUGACUGGAACGGCGCUGGUCUCCACUCCAACGUUUCCACUGCCUCCAUGCGUGCUGAGGGUGGCAUGAAGGUCAUCGAGGCUGCCAUGAAGAAGCUCGAGGCCCGUCACCCAGAGCACAUCGCCGUCUACGGUGAAGGAAACGAAGACCGUUUGACCGGCCGCCACGAGACCGGCAGCAUCGACAAGUUCAGCUGGGGUGUCGCCGACCGUGGUGGAAGUAUCAGAAUCCCCAGACAGUGUGCCAAAGACGGAAAGGGAUACUUCGAAGAUCGAAGACCCGCCAGUAACGCGGAUCCAUACCAGAUCACGGGUAUCAUCGUUGAAACUGUAUGUCAUCCUCCUUGUCUAUUUCAAACACAUGGAACUAACCUUCUCUCUAGCUCUGCGGUAGCGAUUAAGCCCAACGAUGCGCCCACGUCGAAAUGCUUUUCCUGUUUUUCUUCCCUUUUCCGGUGCUCAAGACCGACACGCUUAAUGCCUUUUUAA